AUGACUGAUACCACCACGACCAACGUCCGCGUCUUUCCGAGGAGGAAACCUCUGCAGCACCUGAUGGUCCAUCAGCGUAGAAGGGGGCAGGGAGUGAACGUCGAGUACUCCACCCUAGCUCGUUUGUUCCACCUCCCCCAGACUCACGCGGCCUCUUCUCUGCAACUCUCUCUCACUGCCUUCAAGAGCGCUUGCCGGAGGCUCGGAAUUCCCCGCUGGCCAUACGAGCGGAAAUCGCGGCAGGACAAGGCGGCCGAAGAGGUCCGGAGUAAGAGGAAGCAAGCGCAGGCAGCCGUAGCGAUCAGAUGGGAGGACGAGGAGGUGGCGGCGUUGGACCCAACAUGGAUCGACUGGUUCAUAUCGGCGAGCGAGAGCGCGGGGCUGGAGUGA